GGCAGGAUGGGCGGCGGCUGGCGGGGCGGGGCGGCAGCCACUCCUCUCGUGACCGGCGUGGCGGGGCUGGUGAUGGUGAUGGUGAUCCUCUCGCCUGCCCUCGCCACCAACCCAGCACAGUGGGCCGUGUUCGGCCUGGCGGCGGGUGACGGCGACGGGGACACAGACACCCGCCUCAGCGUGUCCCUCAGGGCGAAUCUUGCCCCCGCCGCCCCCGCCCCCCUCGCCUCCUUCACGCUGUGCGUCUGGUUCUUCGCCACAGGCUUCCUCGACGCCAGCACGCUGCUCAGCUACGCCGUAGCUGACCAGGACGAUGCCAUCAGACUGAGACCAAUUCCGGACGACUUUACACUCGUGUACAUGGGCGCCUUGCUGGACGUGCCAGACUUCCACGAGUUCAUCGCACCGCGGCGGUGGGAGUCCAUUUGCCUGGUGGUGCGGCCCGGCGAGUGGGCCCUGUGGCUGGACGAAAAAGUGACGAGCCGCGCUGCUGUCACCAAGCCGCUGCCUCUCAACGGGUUCCUGGUGUUGGGCCAAGAGCAAGACGUCAUAGACGGAGGCUACACCAAGGAACAGUCUUUCCAGGGACGAGUGACGGGCCUUACUUUGUGGCCCGCGGCACUCUCACCCACAGAGCUCCGAGCCUGGACGUCCUGCAGCCUGCCGGAGGCGACGCCGCUUCUUGCCUGGAAUGACAUCCAGUGGAAGGUGCACAACGAGACGGGGGACGUCACCCUGCUCGAUCAGGGGCCGUGCGGCGAGGGCGGCGUCAACACCAGGAAGUUUUUGUUGUUCACCUCCAGGAUGCUGCUCAACGAAGCCGAGAAGUUCCUCGAUAGUUUUGGCUUUGAUCUCGUUGUGCCUCGAAAUGAAAAAGAGGUCAAGAUGGUGUCUGAGCUCGUGGACGAAAACAAGCACUACUGCCAGCUGAAGGUGAAGGAAGGGUUCGGCGCCAUGCUGGGCUUCAAUUUCGACAAGGGAGUCACCAUACCGAAGGACCUAAACCACAAGUUGGGCGACCUUGACUUCAACAUUAGUAUGGCCACUAAGGGCCAGCAUGGUGCUAUUCUGCAAGACUCACAAGGUAAAUGGAUUAAAUUAGAUGAAGCCCGCAAGAUGUGCUUCUUGGGGACACCCCGUCGACGAACGGUGUUUCGCCUCCGCGGCCUCCCGUCGGAGCUCACGGAGGACGUCUCGCCACUCGCUUUCUCCUUCGUGCUGGCUCGUCAUCGCAACCACGGCGUCUACUUCCACGGCUUCAAGAGACUCCACAUCCUGAAGAGGGCAAACUCCUCCCGCUGGUGCAUGAACAGCCUGUCCCUGCAGCUGCUGCACGCGCGCCUGUGUGUCACGCUGGACAGGCUGCCCGUGGGGCGUCACGAAUGGGGGGUGGUGGAGCAACCGCAGCAGCAGCAACAACAACAACAACAACGUGCCUGGGAAGGCGGCCUCAAGCUGUCCCUCAGCACCUGUGCAGACCACCAGUACACCUGCUCGGACGCCACCUGCAUCGACCUGGCCAAGGUGUGUGACUUCGAGUUCGACUGCUCGGACCAGUCUGACGAGGUUAGCUGCACGACGGCGAUGCUGCCCCGCGGGUACCUGGAGUCCCAUCCCCCGUCGGCGCCGCUGCCCGUGCUGGCCCGCGUCACCGUCAGACGCAUCAUCAACUUUGACCUGCUCAGCAUGACGUUCCAGGUCAAUGUCAAGCUCCAGCUCACCUGGCGGGACCCGCGCGUCACCUUCAGGCACCUGAUGCCCGGCUACCACAAGCGCGUGGUGGCGGUGAAGGGAAAGGUGUGGACGGCAGACCUGGUGGUGCUGGACGCCGUGGGCACGACGGAGGGCACGCCCGAGCUGAUGGUGGAGAAGACGAGCGACGGACAACCCAACGAGACAGGCUACGUGUAUGCCGGCGCCGAAAACCCUGUGGAGCAGACGGUGGACCUGCGCUCGACGGUGUACUGCAAGCAUGACCUGUGGAGGUACCCGUGGGACGAGCAGCUGUGCCUCGUCAGGAUAGAGGUGACCAACGUGCGCGAGGGCGGGCUGCUGCUGAACGAGUCGUCGGGCGUCGUGGCCUACCCGGAGCUGCUGGAGGAGUACAAGGUGAAGUCGUGCACGCUGGGGAAGGAGAAGGCGCCCACCAACACCAUCACCGUGCACCUCCACCUCUCCCGCCGCUACGAGUACCAUCUCUUCACCACCUUCCUGCCCACCUCGCUGCUCCUCAUACUUGGGUACGGGACCCUGCUGUUACCUGUGGAGUCCUUCAACGAGCGCGGGACGAUGAGCCUCACCACCCUGCUGGUCUUCAUCUCCCUCUACACCGAGACCAGCAACUCCCUGCCCAGCACCGCCUACCUCAAGUACAUCGACGUCUGGUUCGUCUUCAGCAUCACCUAUCUGUCCGUCAUCAUCAUCGUACACCUGGCUACCUUUCCCCGCUUCGCACCUUCCUCCAUCUGGCCGAACCCCGAGGACAAGAAAGAACAGUCCAUUGCACACAAGAUUCUCCGUGCUGGCAACUUCAUCCUCUGUCCUGCCUUGGUUCUGUUCUCCCUCUCGUACUUCCUGAGUCUUGCGGUUCAUUAGGUAUUGACGAGGCAAUGGCGAAGAAAGAAUCGAUGGAGAGGAAAUAGAGAAGAAGGGAGAGACAACACAAGAGAUUCUCCGCGCGGGCAACUUCAUCCUCUGUCUUGUCUUUGUUUUGCUGUUAAAAUACUUAAUGGAUUUACGAAUGUGGACAAAUCAAAAUUGUUUAUGAUCAAUGACACUUUGCGAACGAGGAAUAAUGGCACUAAACUUAAAUGUAGACAACUAAAUUCAGACUGCACCAAAUUUUUCUUCACCAACGUUGUAGUGUGAGAUUGGAGUAAGCUCCCACCUUCAGUGGUCCAGUGUAACACGAUUGACUCCUUUAAAAACAAGCUCGACCGUCACUUCCUUCAACAUAAUAUUAACUAGAGUUGAAAUGCAAAGUUCUUCGAUGUCUUUAUUUUCAUCCUCUUAUCUCGCAUUUACCAGUCAGCUACUUCAGAAAAUAUAGUCUUCAAACCUUGGAUACAAGCGUCCCACGUGGUUAGGUAGAAGUACACGAGCAUUUCCUUGUGUCCGUCUUUGUUAGCUUUGUCUGUAUCAUUGUUCAGGGUCUGUGUCCUUACAAUACCUCCAGAGAAAUGCGUUUCAGCGUCAAGUAAUUGUGUUCUUAGUAUUGUAUUGUAUUGUAAUAUGAUGUAGGAAUGUACUGGAAACGUGUGAGAAAUAAAUCA